CAGAUGUACGUGAAUAUGGUUUUUCUGUACAAAAAGAAUAUGCUUCAGAAUAUACCCUCCGAUUUUCUGAACCCGGAUCUCUAUCUCAUAACUACGCUUGUCCUCUCCGAGAUCAAUGCUUCUUUCUCUCUUUCUUUCUUCCUCCUACCCAAUACACAUUCUCUGCCUUUCCCCUCUCCUCUGUUUCUUCCAAAAUUCAACAAGAAGAAUAUGUGUGCCCACACUUGCCAAUCCCAACGACAACAACAGCAACUCAUUGAAGAACUGGAGAUCUUCAAGAUCAAAGGCAGAGACAGACGUGGUCGCAAGAUCCUUCGCAUUGUCGGAAAAUUCUUCCCCUCUAGGAGUUUGAGUGUCGACGUGGUGAACAAGCACCUGGAGGAGAAGGUGUAUCCGAAAUUGGGUAAAAAGGCAUUCUCGGUGGUGUACGUGCACACAGGCGUUCAAAGGUGCGAGAACUUUCCCGGAAUCUCAGCCCUAAGAUCAAUCUACGAGGGGAUUCCGGUGGACGUGAAGGAGAAUCUUGAGGCCGUGUAUUUUGUCCACCCGGACUUGCAGGCCAGGCUCUUCCUCGCCACCUUCGGCCGUCUUCUCUUCAGCGGAGGGCUAUACGGGAAGCUGAGGUACGUGAGCAGGCUGGAUUUGCUGUGGGAGAACGUGAGGAGGAAUGAGAUUGAGAUCCCGGAGUUUGUGUAUGAUCAUGAUGAAGAUUUGGAGUACCGUCCGAUGAUGGAUUAUGGUUUGGAGAGCGACCAUCCUAGGGUCUACGGUGCACCCGCGGUGGAUUCGCCCGUCCCAUUGUACUCCAUGAGGUGCAUCUCAUAAAGAACAUGAAGAGUAUGGAUGGGCCUUGUGGUCAGCCUUUUUUCUAUGGAAUUAAAACAGAUUAUCGGGCGUUUGCUAUCCCGGAAAGAGUUUUAAGGUCAUUAUCAGUUGGCCAGAAUACUGAGGGUCCUUUUCCCUUCUUGUGGUCCAAUUUCUCAUUUGUAAGAACAGGUUUAAUUUUCUUUUUUGAAUUGGCACUGAGUGUCACGCUAUUGACUAUUCAGAAGGAUACGAAGUUGAAUAUGAUGAUACGAAGUUGAAUAUGAUGUAGAGUGCAUUUAGUUGUGUUAAUCAAAAUGGACUUGCGGACCGAGUCAGGACCUCA